AUGCUGGAGUUUGGGAUCGCUGUGAUUGUAUCAUCGCAAAAGCUUGGCGUUAAACCGUCUUUACAUCGUAGCUGGCAUUUUAUAGAAAGCUUCGCCGCUAGUUUCGUAUCUCUCAAUUUCAUUGGAGGGGUCAGAUCUGGCCUUUUCCUCGGUCUUCAGGCUGGCGGACCGGCUGCCGUAUGGUCGUCGUACGUCAUUUCGGUGAUUUUCAUGUGCAUCACGGCCGCGGUCCUGGCAGAGAUUUGCUCUGCUCUGCCUUUGAGCGGAUCGAUUUACAUCUGGUCCGCUGAGAGCGCUGGCCCGAAGUACGCCAGGUUUUUUGGCUUCAUUGUAGCUUGGUGGUCGUGCACUGCCUGGAUGACCUUUGCCGCAGGAAAUUGUCUGACGACGGCCAAUUACAUUGUCUCCGAGCUCGUCGUGUUCCAGGUUAAUUAUCCUGGUGGACUCGCGAACGACAGUAUCCAAUGGCGCGCGAUGGUGUGGGCUGUAGCGGAGGGGUCACUCUUUGUUGCCAUUGCUAUCAACUACUUGCCUCCUAGAUGGUAUUCUUCUGUGUUCAAGUUUGCCAUGGGCUUGUACAUGGUUGACUUCCUGCUCUGCGUCAUCUGGCUUCCCAUCGGCGUGUCGAGGACCUAUGGCUUUCGGUCUGCCAAAGAUGUUUUUACUAUGCAAUAUAAUGGCACAGGAGCACCUACUGGGUGGAACUGGAUGCUAUCGUUCCUCUUCACUUCGGGGACUAUGAUUGGUUUCGACGCCUCAGGACAUAUUGCGGAAGAGACCAAAAACGCGAGCGUCGUUGCAGCGCGCGGCAUUCUCUACAGUGCCAUUGCCACCGGAUGUUUGGGAUUUGCCACCACCAUCUUAUUUCUCUUCUGCACGCCCGAUCUGAACACCCUCUUUGCGUUGGAUGCCCCGCAGCCAUUUGUGCAAAUCUAUGCGCUCGCUCUAGGAAAGGGUGGCGGUAUUUUCAUGACAAUCGUCGCUACUCUUGGCCUCAUUCUUAACACCAGCGUCGCCAUCGUUGCUGCUUCGCGGCUCGUCUACGCUGUCGCACGCGACGGUGUGCUGCCCUUGUCGCACUGGAUCGGGCAGGUGGACAGCUCGCGCCAGCCCCGCAACGCCGUCACAGUCAUGUUCGUGUUCGGCGCGGCGAUUCUGUGCACGAUCCUCCCGAGCCAGGUGGCGUUCACGUCGCUCACCUCCGCGGGCGGCAUUCCGACGACCGCGGCGUACGGCCUCAUCGCGCUGCUGCGCCUCACGAUCACGCCCAACGACUUCAAGGGGUCCCACUUCUAUCUGGGCCGGUGGAGGAAGCCGUUCUACGUGUCCGCGGUGAUCUUCAACGGGAUCGUCUUCGCUUGCCAGAUCUCGCCGUUCUACUUCCCGGUCACCGCACAGUCCUUCAACUUUGCUUGUGUGAUCUUCGGUUCCGUGACCAUCUUCGGUAUGCUCAGCUGGUACUUCAUCCCCGAGGACCGGUGGCUCCGCCGCGAGCAGGUGCUGCAGGCGCUCGCGAGCACAGAGGAGCCGCUUGAACCCGAGAGCUCCCGUGGCGGGAUUGUGAGGCACCGUGACCGCAACUCCAUCGUGAAAGACGUCGAGUGA